AUGAGCGAAGAUUUGCCAGAGAAAGAGACAGAACAACCUUCUUAUUUAUUGUGGUACAUUUUAAUACUUGUGUUAUUUUUAUUAUUGUUAUUCUGUUACGGAAAAAAAUGUGGGCAAUCGAAAAUUUAACCAAAAGAAAAUGAAGGUAUUCAAUUAAAGUUGUUAGAGGAUCAAAAGAUAUAUGAGGAAUAGAAGCUUUCAAUUCAAGAAAAUUAGAGUACAGUUUAGAUGGAUCAAAAUCGGUUAAUAAUGUCAAAUAUUGUUAAAUAAUUUCAAAAACUGUAAAAACAGGUAGAAUAUUAGCAUAAAUCUUGCGGUAAUCUCUUAAUAUAUUAAACAUCAUAACAAAUUGUUUAAUAGAGUGUAAAUAAAAUUAAAUAAAUUUAUGAUUAUUCUUCCAAAUUACGCGCUGUUGAUGAAAAUUAGAAAUAUUAUAUUAGAAGAUUUUAGGAUAAAUCAGAAUUGAGAAAAAAUUAUGGCUUAACAUUAAAAACAAGUGCAGAAUUAUAUAAAAAUUGCAAUUCAUUUAGAGAAGUAAGAGGAGAUGGUAAUUGCUUUUAUACUGCUUUUGGAUUUUAAUUCUUAUCUAUUUUACUAUUUGAGUAUUCCUAAGACUAAUUUAAUGAUUUUUUUAAUAAAAUUAGACAAAUUGAGUUGCCAAUGAAAAUAUUUGUUCCUAAUACAAAUUUAAAAAUUGAUGAUAAAGAAAUAGAAAAAUAACUAUUAGAUGAAUUUUAACGUAGAAUGACUAAACUAAAACUAAUCGAAGAUAUAAAUUAAAGAGAAGAAUAAUUUAGUAAUGAAUUUGCUGCCUAUGAACAAUAAUCAGAAGAAAUAGAUGGGUGUUUAUAUGGAUUAUCAACUAUAUUUUUUAGAAAUUAUUCUAAUUACGUUGUAGAUUUUAGUGAUGCCAAAGAUGCAGUAUAUGAUAGAGAAAAAUUAUUAAAUUGGGAAGAAGAAUGUAAUAGUAAUGAAGUUGUUAUUGCAGAAUUAGCUAAACAAUUAAAUACUUUUGUUUAAUUAAUUUUUAUAGAAAAUAGUAACAAUAUAGUAAUUAGGGAGUAUGGAAUCAAUAAAAUUCAUAAAAUUAUAUUAUUAAUUAAGCCUGGACAUUAUAAUAUUGGAUAUUAUCUACAAGAUACCAUCAUUGAUUAAUAUAUCUAAUUCUUAAAUUAACUAAAGGGGAUAAAUUGGAAAGAUUAUGAGUAUGGCAAUAAUCAGUAGAAUACUUUGCAAGAAGCAGAAGAAAAAAUAGAAAAAUUAUAUAGUGAAAUUGCCAUUUUGAAACAAAAUAAUACUUUGAAGUAAAAAGAUGCUUUCAAAAUAAUAGGAUUUUAAUUAUUACCAUUAACGUGA